AUGAGUGAGCAGUCAGUGAGCUUUGUGGACCUCAGAUUUCAUACUCCUGCAGAGCAGAAGAGAAAACGAAGACCAAAGCAUGACAGGGUCACAGAAAUCAGUGAGCAGGAAAUGGCCUACUCUGAUCUGGAGUUUCACACUCUUUCAAAGCAGAAGAGGCAGCAAAAUAUUAUGCAUUAUGAGCUGCUGGCUCCUUACUUUCUUUUAUCAAAGUAAUUUCCUCCAUCUUCACCAUGGCUACUUACAGUGAUUCUGGGGCUCCUCUGUCUGGCUUUGCUAGUAACGGCAAGGAUUUGGGUUGCCAUGGUUCUCCAGGCUUCACAUCAAGUGGGAAGACAGAAUGAGGAACUUAUCCAGAAACAUGCUAUUCUGAAAAACUUCACCGAACUGCAGGAAAUCUUGAAAAACUGCAUGCAGCAAAGAGAUGAUCUCCAAGCCAAUAACAUAGAACUCUCAAAUGUUGUGAAUAGGGAAGGUAUCGAUCAGAGCUCACUCUUCUGUUAUAUCCUUUAUGUCGAUAAAUGCAGCUCUUGCCCUGAGGGCUGGAUACAGCAUAGAGAGAAGUGUUACCAUUUUACAUAUGAAAGGAGUUCCUGGCAGGAGAGUAAAGUAUACUGCUCGUCUCAUCGCUCCAGACUGCUGAGGAUAGAGAACAAAGAAGAACUGGAUUUCAUAACAAGACGGGCGUGUUUUCACUGGAUUGGACUAUUCCGUAAGGGAGCUGCUACAAGCUGGAUGUGGGAGGAUGGCACAGCUUAUUCCACUGACCUGUUCCAAGUAAAGAAGAAAGAGCCUGGAGCGUCCUGUGUACUUUUGAAUGCAGGAGAAGCCACCUCCUGUAAUUGUACACAACGAUAUCGCUGUAUUUGUGUGAAGAGAGCUGCUUAG